AUGUUGUGGCCUGGUCUCGUCGUCUUUAUCUGUUGCGCUGUCUUCCUCCACCUUGAAACAAAACGUCGCCACCUAACAUUCUGCGGUCGUAAGUCGGAAGCAGAUGACGUUCAGGAAGUUGAGGUGGUCACUAACAGUAAUCGCCACCAUUCCACUCAUCGAGAAAGUCACGUGUAUCCGGUUUCGACGACAUUGACGUUACUGGAUCAAGCGCGUGGGGGCUACGGAAGCAUCCUCUGCAACGUUUCACACCAGUCUCAACUGCCAAAACUGCUGCAUAAAAACGCGAACCACGAGACCAGUCAACAAAUGUUGAUGCGCUAUCACAGGCCUCGGUGUAGUUUGAAUCUCGCAACGACGACAAAGAUAGACAGUGAUAUACAUUGCUACAACGAUAGAGAAUGCAUUAGAAAGUUGACCCAACCGAACUGUCGUUUCGAUCUUCAAGAAGAUGGCACAGUUUACAACAAAACUAAUUUGCCGAAAGAUCAUUCAUUACCCGUUGCGUUCGUUUACAUUUCAACCGACAACAUCAGAAACGAUAACAUCAGAAACUCUAAUAAUGACAUCUCGAACAGACAGCAAAUCAUUUCCAAUUUACAGCAAACAAAAUUGACGAACGAUCAAAACCAUUGGAAGCGACUACACUUCACAGAAACUAUCCAUCUGCUGACAAUAUUUUUUGGCCACCAGUCGAACAAAGCGGAAAACCACAUAAUGACAUAUUCAUGA